GUGCUGUGUGGUUCUGAGAAAAGGAUUACUCCCAUCAUGGAUCUUGAGUCUGUGAUCUACAACAAGAACCCAAUUAAGGAGCAAUCAUGGAAAACAGUGUUGACUUUGGCUUAUCAAAGCUUGGGAGUUGUCUAUGGUGACUUGAGCACUUCACCACUCUAUGUGUACAAGAGCACCUUUGCUGAGGAUAUUCAGCAUUCAGAGACCAAUGAAGAAAUCUUUGGAGUGUUGUCCUUUGUGUUUUGGACACUGACAUUGAUUCCACUUCUCAAGUAUGUGUUCAUUGUGCUGAGAGCUGAUGACAAUGGUGAAGGGGGAACUUUUGCUCUCUACUCCUUGCUAUGCAGGCAUGCCAGGGUGGGCCUCUUGCCUAGCACUCAGCUUGCAGAUGAGGAUUUAACUCAGUACACCAUUGAUGGAGGUGGAACUGUUCAAGAUAACAAGAAGAGUAAUGUUGGGUCGGGAUUGAAAUUGAAGUCCUUGUUAGAAAAGCACAAGGUUCUCCAAAGGGUGCUUCUUGUUCUGGCCUUGAUUGGAACUUGCAUGGUUAUUGGGGAUGGUGUCCUAACACCAGCGAUUUCUGUUUUUUCUGCUGUCUCUGGUUUGGAGCUUUCCAUGUCUAAAGAGCAGCACAGAUAUGUUGAGGUUCCGGUUGCCUGCGUAAUACUGCUAUUUUUGUUUGCACUUCAACAUUACGGGACCCACCGUGUUGGGUGCCUAUUUGCACCGGUCGUGCUGACAUGGCUGCUAUGCAUCAGUGCUAUUGGAGUUUACAAUAUCUUCCAUUGGAACCCCCAUGUUUAUCAAGCUCUUUCGCCAUACUAUAUGUUCAAAUUUCUGAGGAAGACACAAAAGGGAGGGUGGAUGUCUUUGGGUGGAAUUCUACUGUGUAUAACAGGUUCAGAAGCCAUGUAUGCUGAUCUAGGACACUUUUCACAAUUGUCAAUCAAGAUAGCUUUCACCUUCUUGGUAUAUCCUUCCUUGAUCCUAGCAUAUAUGGGACAAGCUGCAUAUCUCUCAAGGCAUCACGAAAUGGAAAGUGAUUAUCGAAUUGGCUUCUAUGUAUCUGUACCUCGACUACUUAGAUGGCCUGUUCUUGCAAUAGCCAUACUUCAAGCUGUGGUUGGAAGUCAAGCAGUGAUCACAGGAACUUUCUCGAUAAUUAAACAAUGCUCUGCUUUGGGAUGCUUUCCCAAAGUCAAGAUCAUUCAUACAUCAUCAAAGAUACAUGGCCAGAUUUACAUUCCAGAGAUAAACUGGAGUUUGAUGCUGCUUUGCCUAGCCAUUGUAGUUGGAUUCCGAGAUACUAAGCGCAUGGGAAAUGCUGCAGGGUUGGCUGUGAUAACUGUCAUGUUGGUGACCACUUGCCUAAUGUCUCUAGUUAUGAUUUUGUGCUGGCAUAAAAGUGUUUGGCUCGCCGUUUGCUUUAUAUUGUUCUUUGGCUCGAUUGAAGCGCUCUAUUUCUCUGCUUCGCUCAUCAAGUUCCUAGAGGGUGCCUGGGUCCCCAUUGCCCUCUCAUUCAUCUUUCUUAUUGCCAUGUAUGUAUGGCACUAUGGCACACUCAAGAAGUAUGAGUUUGAUGUUCAAAACAAGGUACCAAUCAACUGGCUCCUUGGUUUGGGACCCAAUCUUGGAAUUGUAAGAGUUAAGGGAAUUGGCCUUAUACACACUGAGCUAGUAUCUGGGAUCCCAGCGAUUUUCUCGCACUUCGUUACCAAUCUGCCUGCUUUCCAUCAAGUUGUGAUCUUCCUCUGCAUCAAAUCUGUCCCGGUGCCUCAUGUCAGGCCCGAAGAAAGGUUCUUAGUCGGUAGAGUUGGCCCAAAGGAGUAUAGGCUUUAUAGGUGCAUAGCACGGUAUGGCUACCGUGAUGUUCACAAGGAUGACAUGGAGUUUGAGAAGGAUCUUGUUUGCAGUGUAGCAGAAUUCAUCCGAUCGGACACUUCCGAAUACGGCUUAGGACUUGGGAAUUUCGAGGAUGAUACGAAAAUGACAGUUGUUGGGACCUCAGCAUCAAAUUUGGAGGGUGUUAAAAUGUCAAUAGACGAUGAUCAAGAAGAUCCUUGUCCUCAAGCAGAAGGCACGUCCGAACUCAGGGUGGUUAAGUCUCCUAUCAUUCGGAAAAGAGUGAGGUUUGUCGUGCCGGAUAGUCCACAAAUCGAUUUGGAAGCAAGGGAGGAGUUGCAUGAGCUAAUGGAAGCAAAGGAAGCAGGAAUGGCAUUCAUAAUGGGACACUCAUAUGUUAGAGCAAAAAGUGGAUCAAGUUGGAUAAAGAAAGUUGUUAUCAAUUAUGGGUAUGAUUUCUUGAGGAGAAAUUCUAGAGGACCAACCUAUGCUCUAAGUAUACCUCAUGCAUCUACCUUAGAGGUGGGAAUGAUAUAUCAUGUCUGAAUUUUGGGGAUACUAAAGUUAAUGUAGUUUAGUCUCUUUUUACUCUUUUGUAACUAGAGUGAUCUUCUACAUAUAGGUGAUAAAAUGGUGGCAUUUUGUACAGUCACCCUCCAAGCUUAUGAUAAGUGCUGCCAACCAUUUUCUUUUUUGCUUUGCUUUUCUUUUCUUUUUCUUUUUUCUUUUUGGGUAUAUAAAUCAGCUGUAUGGAGGGUGUGCUUGGCUCACCAUGUAAGCUUUACUAUAUAGUCUUAACCAUGAAUCUUAAUUGAAGAUCAAGUUCAAACUGUCAAAAAAGAAUAUUGCUAAGUCAGUG